AUGUCAAAGAAGGUUGAUGAUGGAAUCAUUGAUACGACACAAAAAUUGACAGCUGAAAAUUUGGAAAAGAUGGCUGACAAGGUGCUGGCUGCUAAGGCACUUAAGGUAGACUCUAAGUCUGUAUCUGAUUCUAAAAGCCAGGUCAGUUCAAAUGCGUCAACGAGUGCGUCAGGUAAGAAAAUCAAAAGUGACAAUGACUGCAAAAAUUGCAUGAAAGAGUGCAAAGUUUGUAGUACAAUCACCUAUCUCAAUGGUAAGAAAGUUGAUGAUCUAACUGAUAGAGUCAGAAGUGUUGAGGAUCAGAUCCUUAACCAUGAUAAAAUGUUAAAAGCUUCAAACAACAGGGUAAAAGAAUUAACUGAUAAAAUUGAAAAUGAUAAAAUUGACAAAGAAAAUGAUAGGAAAGAAAAUGAACAGUUAGUUCAUAAAAAUCGUCAGAUUUCAGAAAAAUUUGAGAAGCUUAAACACACGGUUAAAGAUGCUGAUGAUAGAAAUGGUAAGAUAAUUAAGGAAAAUAAUCUUUUGUCGGGAGUUCUUCAGGUGAAAGAAGAGUUAAUCAACAAGCAACUUGAUGAAAUUGCUAAGUUGAAGCUUCAAUUUGAAGAAGCAAAGAUUGAGAAUGAGCGCAUAAAAUCUAAAAUUAACUAG